AUGUUAUUUCUUCGCACUCUUCCCUCGUCUAACGUUGAACAUGAAGCCGUGAGUUCAUGCCAAGUCGUCGUUAUUUCGUCUUUGCAACCAAGCGAACGUCAUCAGAAAAAGUUAACUAAACAUGAAGAUAUUUCUUCAACGAGGGUCAUGACAUGGCACGUUGCUUCUGUUUCAUUACGUAACCUUUCGCCAGCAUCUUCAGGAUCAUUAGGAAAUAUCGUUGAAGCAAGCUUCUGCAAUAUGGUUUUAGAAGCUGCAAAUAAGAAAAACGGCAAGGAAAGGUCUUCAGAUUUAUUUACAAAACGAGCUCUAUCAGAGUUUGAAGUCAAUGGAGCGAACUCGUAUUUAGAUCCGUACAUCAUUCACAAUAAACGUGAUGCAUCAAUUUUCUUUGGUAUUUCUUGGUUAUCGUCUGUCUGUUUAAUGUGGUGCGGUGAGAAAGCUAAACCACAAAUUUUGACAUUAAAACUAUCGAACAAAACCAAAACUACAAACGAAACGUUCAAAUUGGAUUUCGUUUUAGAUGAAGGUAGAUAUGGUUUUAAAAGUUUGUUACACUUUCACUUUGUUUGGCUGUUGACAGUUGGCAGUUGCUUGCAAACAUUAAAAUUCCAUAAAAUCAGGUCAACAGAUUUAAAUGAGAUUCACAACUUAACUUAA